CUCUCGAUCCCUCCACCCAUUUUCUUUUGUUUCCCCAACACAACAACACAUUUGAAAAACAACGAAACCAGAUUCUUCUCCAGCUCCCAUGUAUUUCCGGAUCUACCUUAUCAUUUCUCACCCAUUUUGAAGGCACAAAUCCUUUUAUUUUUUUUAUUUUUUUUGUUUUUUACAAAAAAACUUUUCUUUCCUCAUAUACACCUUCGUAUCCUAGAGGCAUCGUUGGUGGAGAUGAGCACGGGAGAGCUUCUCAACAUCGAGCCCCUAGAGCUCAAGUUUCCUUUUGAGCUGAAGAAGCAGAUCUCUUGUUCGCUUCAAUUGUCAAAUAAAACGGAUAAUUAUGUAGCUUUCAAGGUGAAAACAACAAAUCCAAAGAAGUAUUGCGUUCGUCCCAAUACUGGGAUUGUUUUGCCUCGCUCCACCUGUGACAUUAUAGUUACAAUGCAAGCACAAAAGGAUGCUCCUCCUGACAUGCAAUGCAAGGAUAAGUUUCUUCUUCAGAGUGUAAAAACAAAUGAUGGUGCAAGCGCAAAGGAUAUAAACGCUGAAAUGUUCAACAAAGAGGCAGGGCACGUUGUUGAGGAAUGCAAAUUGAAAGUGGUUUAUGUUUCUCCUCCUCAACCACCUUCUCCUGUUCCAGAAGGUUCGGAUGAAGGAUCUUCACCGAGGGGUUCCUUGUCAGACAAUGGAAACAUGAAUGCUGCUGAGUUUACUAGUGCUACAAAGACGCUUGAGCGGCUUGGAUCUCAAGAGAAGUCUGCAGAGCUUGAGCGGCUUGGAUCUCAAGAGAAGUCUGCAGAGGCAAGACUUCUGAUUAUGAAGUUGACUGAGGAAAAAAAUAAUGUGCUUCGACAAAAUAACAACCUUCGUCAGGAACUGGAACUAUUGAAGUGCGGAGGGAAAAAAGGUAAUGGCGGUUUGUCAUUGAUGUUUGUCAUCCUUAUUGGCCUGGUCGGCGUCUUCUUGGGUUACCUGGUGAAGUCAUAAACUUGGGGCAUUGAAAGGUCUGUUGGCACAUUUUGGAUCUACUUUCCUCUUCGUCCUUAAUUAGAGAAUGAUGGUGGAAGGGAAAAAAAGAAUGAAGGAGCUGAGCUCUUAGACGUUAGCGUAUGGAAUUAGCAAAACUUGAUUGUGUGGGUAACAGUUGUGUAGCUGCUAGCUAAUGCUUUUGCUAACAUGCAUUCUUUCUGCAACAUGAGAGUAAUUUUAAAACCCCCAUUUUUUUCUUCAAAAGGAAAAAAAAAGAGAUAUCUGUUUUAAUUCUUGAGAGUGAUGAUAGCAGGAAUUUAUUAAUAAUUCACAUAAAUCUUUGGAAAUGUAACUUUCAGGUUGUUAAUUUUUAAUUUUUACUGA